UUUAGUGUUGUGCAUUAAUACACUCCCCGAGCCUCAACAGUCAUCGAAGGAGGGGCAGGGAAGAUGAUGCCUGGCACAGGAUUAGGAAAACGUUCCGAAGCCGUGUGAGGGCAAUUUUAGAAUCCGAGAUCCACCUCGUCGGUUUGCUGUGUUCGCUGUGACUCGUUGUGGAUCUCAGCGCGCGCAAGUAUUGCACGUUGUGCAGGCUGUGUAGCUCGAAACUUGUUUGUCCCUGCCCCUCCUCAUUCACUUGCCUCAUCACAGUGUUUUAUGUAACGUGUGUAGGUGCUGCUACCAUGGCCUUCAAGGCAGUUUUCCUUCUGGUUGCUCUUCUAGCGGCUGUGUCCGCUGUGGCUGAAGCGCACGAGGAAAAGUCGGACAGAUUUUCACUCAAGAUCAUCUUGCACAACACUGCUAGCAGAGAUGUGAGCUUCAAACUGGUCAAUCUUGGGAAGCACGCUUAUGACACUGUGGUAGGGAAGGGGGAUCAGUGGUCUGCCAUAGGUCCCGUCAUCGUCAACCUUAAGUUCCCGGUUAUGCGUUUGGCGGUGAGUGUUACCAACAAGAGCUACGUUUUAAGGAAGAAGCUCCUGAAGAUCGACUUGGAGAGGCGUUUCGGCAGAGAUUAUCUUAAGGGCAAGAAGUUCAUUGUUCUAACUGCUCAAGAGAGCUGGAAAAAAGAGUUCCUCUUCAUUAAGCUUGGCCGCGACAUUGUCCAAAGAAUUAAGCUGUAGAUUCGCAGGAACGUUGCGUCUGCAGCAGGCAUGUGACCGGGUGUCCCCCUUGCUAAAAUAUCGCGAGUUUUCAGGUCUUCACAUAUUCUUUUCUCAUCGAGCAAUACUGAUUUGUGCAUUUAGAUCAUUCAUUCAAUUGCUUAUUGAGAGCCUAUUCUUUAUAACGUCAAGCUACUGUGCCUGCACUUUUGGGCCGGCCGACUUGAUUGCUGUUGUAACAGCACUGGUUAGCGUGUUCUUGUUCUAUUCGAAGUUAUAGAAUAUACUGUUAGCUUUUCAUUUUAGUUCAUUGUAUCUUCUUGGAGACCAUGUGUUGUGAAAUCGAAUUGAAUAAACCCACGCUUUUCAGUGUCUCUAGUGUAAGUAGUUUUUCUGGAGAGUUCUUUCCAUUAUUGUAUAUUAGGGAUUUAAUUUAAGAUAGCAGCGUUCUAGCAGACGAAGAUAAUCUCCAUUGUCAGCCCCUUGUAUUGAAUCCAUUCAUCAUUUACUGCGA